AGACUUGAGCGCCUUCAUCGACUUGCAGAUAAGGCCCAAAGAGACGUCCGAUUCAAUGAAGAUACCCUAACUGACCUAGCACGAAGAAUAGAUGACACAGCCCGUGGCCUUGACGUGAUGCACUCGUUUGAGGCCAAACGCAACUGCGAUGCCCUUGACCGGGGUCUCAAGGGCGUAGAGGAGGCC